AUGGCGGACAGCGCGCUGGACCAAAAUGCAGGCGACUCUGCCACAAUCAGUGGCACGACGUCGGACCCAUCAAAGGCGAAUCAAGCCGCCGAAAACGGAAGUGGAAAUGACAACGAACGGCCCCAAAGUCAUUACUUCGAAACGGACACGGAAGAUUGGGAGAAAAUAAGCGAUGAAGAGCUGAAAAAUUCUUAUGAAGCGACUACACAGAAAGACUCUUCUGUUGCUACAAAAAAUGAGACAUUGCCAGCAGAACCAUUAUCAGCACCAGUAUCAGAACCACAGAGACCAGUAUCGUUACCAGUAUCAGAACCACAGAGACAAACACCUGAACCAAUUGUUGAAGACACCUACGAAGAUAUUGCCAAAUACAAAAUCAUAGAAGUAGCAGGUUCAGAUAAAUUAGGACGUCCUGUUAUUGCUUUCUAUAGCUGUCAUUUACCUCCCAGCAGUCAGAUAGACCACACUAGACUACUACGAUAUUUGAAAUACACGUUGGAUAAGUAUGUAGAAAACGAUUAUACUUUAAUUUAUUUUCAUCACGGUUUGAGUCGUGGUAAUAAACCAUCGUUCAGCUGGUUACGUCAAGCAUAUAGGGAGUUCGACAGAAAAUACAAAAAGAAUCUCAAGUCAAUGUUUCUUGUUCAUCCAACUUACUUUAUUAAAAUAUUGUGGGGAAUAUUCAAGCCUCUUAUAUCUGUGAAGUUUGGACGCAAAGUGCAAUACUGUAAUUACCUUAAGCAGCUGGAGAGUGUGAUCCGUAUAGAUCAGCUGAUCAUACCAGCCCAAAUAAAAGAACAUGAUGAUAAGGUUAUGGUCAAAUAUCGGAAUAAAUUAUCUACCAACACAGUAGUACCAGAUGGACAAAAGUCGGAGCCACUACCAACACAACAAUUUGGUGUCUCUCUGGAAUUUUUGAAAGUCCAUAAUGAAGGCAAAGUUUUACCAAAAGUUAUGGUGGAGACAAUCACAUACUUAGAAGAAAAUGGGUUGGAUACUGAAGGUAUUUUCAGAAGAUGUCCCAGUGCUGCUGUUGUUAAAGAAGUUCAAAGGAAGUACAAUCAUGGUGUAAAAAUUGAUUACAUGGAGCUGAUUGAUAUACAUAUACCGGCGGUUGUACUGAAAACAUUUUUGAGAGAGUUACCGGAGCCCUUACUAACAUUUAAAUUAUAUGACAAGAUCAGGCAAAUUAAUGAUAUGGAGAGUACUGAACGAAUUUCUCAUUGUCAAACGAUAGUUAGUGUUGACUUACAAGAAGACAACUACAUUAUUUUAAAAUAUUUGAUUGAAUUUCUUACAAAAGUGGUAGCUAACACUGCAAACAAGAUGGACGCCAUCAAUCUCGCAAUUGUAUUUGGGCCUAACUUGGUAUGGUCCACGGACACUGCUGCCUCGUUAACUGCUAUGGCACAGAUCAACACAUUCACAAGAGCGUUAAUAGAACACUACACCGAUAUAUUUACAAGGGACAUAGCAGUGCAGUAA